GAUAUUCUCUACUGCAAUCACUGACUUUUACCCCUCGUCGCCUCUGACCUCGGUAUCGGAGCUGAACACACGGCUGAAUCUCGCCCUUUUCUGCUCACCCGGAAGGAUUUCGUCUCGCUCCCAGUUCAGCUGAAUCCAGCGACCGAGCGGCUCAAGAUAGGCGCGCAAACAGACCGAAAACAAGAGCAGCCAAAAUGGCAAGGUCCAGCCUCUCCAUCAGCUACUACGCCUUCACGGCGCUUCACUUCGCCUGCUUUGCCCUCGCCAUCACCGUCUGCGGUCUUUACGGCGCCGACUUGCAGCGGACGAAGAACUUUGACAAUUACACAAAGUCCAAAUGGGUCUAUGCCGUCGUGGUAGGCGCUUUGACAGCGGCUACGUGCGCUCUCUACUUCAUCCCAUUCAUCAUCGAAGCGGGCGGCAUCUUCAUCGCCUCCUGGGAUACCAUUCUGUUUGUCCUCUGGAUCGCCCUUUUUGGCGUCUUCGGCAAGUUGUACAUCCACGAAAACGCCCAUGGCAACGGAGAUGUUGAGCGCAUGAAGCACGCCGUAUGGGUAGACUUGACCAGCGCACUGCUCUGGCUGAUUGCAAGUGUUGCCGCCUUUGCAUACUGGUGGAAGCAUCGAAACACCCGCACACGCUUUACUGGUCGAGCAAAGGUCUAG